AUAACAUCACCUUCUUCAACGGAGUCUUUGAAAAUGUGGAAAGUGUUGCUUUGUUCUUUGAUUGUUUGGGCUCUCACUUCACUUGGCUUCAGUCCGUGUUCACCAGCUUUCCCGCCUUGCUCAACUUCGUGAGCAGAAUGAAGUGUGUGACUGGCGUUUGCCCAAGAGACUUUGAAGACUACGGCUGUGCCUGCCGAUUCGAGAUGGAGGGCUUCCCCGUGGAUGAAGUAGAUGGUUGCUGUUUUCAACGGAAAUGCUACGAAGCAACGGAGGAAGAUUGCACCUGGGAUCCUACCAAAAUCAUCAUGAACGUCAGUUGCCUCACUAAAAACAUCACUUGUGGGUCUGAGGAUUCUUGCGAGCAUUUGCUCUGCGAUUGUGACAGAGAAGCUAUUGAAUGUUUCUUGCAUUCUCCCAUUAACUCUUCCUUGAAUAAUUUUGAUGCUUCCCUCUGCUCCUCUCUGGUGACAGGUGCCACCAGUGAAACAUCUAGUGUGAAGUUCACACCACAGUUCCUGCUUCAGUGUGAUCGUUUCUCUUUUCUGCAACGGGGCGAGAAUGGAAAACUCAGUCGUGAGUUACCACAGUUGGGUGAGAUGCUCUACUGCUUGACCGACCGUGUCCAGAGGAGUUCGAAUUAUAUGGCUGCUUUUGUGGUCAAGAGGGAAGAACAUCCGACCGAUGAACUAGACAG